AUGGCUGAGUCGUUUGAAGAAAUUAUAUUAUCCAUAGACCAAGAAAUUGUAAAGAAAGAAUUCAAUUCGGAGCGCAGAAAGAGAACUGCUUUUACUGACCAUCAAAUUUUUCAUCUGGAGAGGGAGUUUAUCGCCCAGAACAAGUACUUGUGUCGUAUAAAAAGACUCAAAGUCGCAAAAGAUUUGGGAUUAGAUGAGCGACAGGUAAGAAAAUUGAUAUUUGUUCUUUAG